AUGGCCAUGAUGUAACCCCGCCCACCGCCGUCAACGUCAUCCACCUUGCAUCACGACUAGCUUCACUUGCCUCGCCCGCCGACAUCGCACCUAUAUUCCCCCAAAAAUGUCAUCUUCGAGCGGUACAGACGCAUCAUAUGAGGAGGAAGACGAGGAAAACAGCAACUAUGCGCAUUUCCGUGACUGCCUCUCCACGACACUUCUCCGUCCUCCACCCACCACGCAGCAUCAGCAUCCCACCAAGUCACGUAGACGCGGCAAGGCCACCACCAAGCCAAAUUCUUCAAGUAGCCUCACCACUGGCAAUCGCGUAGAAGAUGCGGCCGAGCUAGCUGAGUUCACCGACUACCUCGCCACCGAGAUCUUUGAGAAUCUCCCCCAAGACUUGCAGGACCUAGACUACCGCUCAUGGCGCGACAGCCAGGGGCUGCAGAGUCAAUACGCCUUACCCCUGACCACAUCCUCCCUCGCCGAGCUCAACCUCCCACCCCACGUCACCGAGACGCUGGAAACAUACAAUCUCAUCGCAACACCAGACGACAGCGGCCAAUCCACCCUGCUGCCCUCCUCCCCAGAGAGUUUCCUCCUGCCCAUCAUCACCGCCUACCUGGAGCCCCUCAUCACGCCGCCGCCCGCGACGACGGCCACACGCACCGAAGCCUGCGAGAUUUGCGGCCGCUGGUGGAUCAACCUGUCCUACCAUCACCUCAUCCCGCGCUUCGUCCACGACAAGGUCGUCAAGCGCGGCUGGCACCGCAAGGAGGACCUGCAGAAUGUCGCUUGGCUCUGCGGCGCCUGCCAUCGCUUCGUGCACCAGUUCAGGGGGCAUGAGGACCUCGCGAGGGAUUAUUACACCGUCGACUUGCUCCUCGAGGACGAGCAGGUGCAAAAAUGGGCGAAAUGGGUGGGCAAGAUGCGCUGGAAAGGGGGCGGGGGGAGAAGACGCGUGUUGAAGUAAAUAAAUCAGAUCGCCGUCUACACUCUACUCUAAACAUCUAUGCGCAACCCAAGACCAAAGAUCAAUGCAGCUCAAACUUAUGCUCCUCCAGCUCCAUGUCGAGGGCCUCGCCCUGCAUCAAGCCAUGCACAUAGCAGUCGCCCACCAACCGAUACAUAUCGCCCUUUACAUCGCGCCGCAGGACAAACGGCGUCUGCCCGCCAUACAGCACGACAAUCCUGUCGCCCACCUUCGCCCCUCGGGGCACCGUGCCGAUGAACCCCCGACUCGUACGCGCCAUCCGCGUCCCGUUGCAGG